GAGCGACCAAUCGCUAGCGCUUUCGGAGAGGAUGCUCAACAGGCUGGGCCCCAUCUGGGCGAAGCGCAAAUUAAAUCCACAACGGCGCUACUGUGAAUCCUUUAUUGUUUAGUAGACGCGUUAUUAUCCGAAGUGCGUUUGGAAUCGUCGCAGUUACGUUGUGGUUUGUAGCUUAAUAAGACUCGUUUCGAGGCUGUGGCAUGGAUGAAGUACGGCCUAACAGCGGUGCCCAAGCGCACGGGCUAUCGUCACUGUUUCCCCCAGGACUGCAGGCUAUCUACGGGGAAUGUCGGCGACUUUAUCCUAAUCAGGCAAACCCUCUCCAAGUUACAGCCAUUGUCAAGUAUUGGUUAGGUGGUCCAGACCCUUUAGAUUAUAUCAGUAUGUAUCGAAAUACUGGCUGUUCAGCUCAGGACGUCCAGGAACAUUGGCACUACGUCAGCUUUGGACUCAGCGACUUGUAUGGAGACAACAGGGUUCACGAAUUUACAGGAAUAGACAAACCCAGCGGCUUUGGCUUUGAGCUUACCUUUAGACUGAAGAGAGAGAUGGGGGAGACGGCCCCGCCCACCUGGCCUGCUGAACUCAUGCAAGGCUUGGCACGCUACGUGUUCCAAUCAGAAAACACAUUCUGCAGUGGAGACCACAUAUCAUGGCACAAUCCGCUGGACAACAGCGAGUCUCGCAUCCAGCAUAUGUUGCUCACAGAGGACCCUCAAAUGCAUCCCAUUCAAACUCCUUUUGGCACCGUCAGCUUCCUGCAGAUUGUGGGCGUUUGUGCCGAGGAGCUGCAGGCAGCGCAGCAGUGGAAUGGCCAAGGCAUCUUGGAACUGAUGCGAGGGCUUCGAGUAGCUGGCGGUCCCUGGCUGAUCACAGACAUGAGGAGAGGGGAGACCAUUUUUGACAUUGAUCCACAUCUACAACAGGAGAGAGUGGACCACGGCAUCGAGACGGAAGGCUCCAACUUGAGCGGGGUCAGCGCCAAGUGUGUGUGGGAUGACCUGAGUCGACCGCCGGACGACGACGAGGACAGUCGCUCUAUUUGCAUCGGCUCGCAGCCUCGCAGGCUCUCCGAUAAAGACACGGAACAGAUCAGAGAGACUUUAAGGAAAGGCUUGGAGUUCAACACCAAGGCAGCGCUGCCCCCCAUCAGCAGCCAGAAACACGACAGACCUCAAAGUCGAAAGGACAGUUUGGAAAGCGAGAGCUCAACAACUAUCGUCCCGCACGAGUUAGUCCGGACACGACAGUUGGAAAGUGUCCAUCUGAAAUUCAACCAAGAGUCCGGCACACUGCUUCCGCUCUGUUUACGGGGCCGCUUGCUGCACGGCCGACAUUUCACUUUCAAAAGUAUCAACGGCGACACGGCCAUUACCUUUGUGUCUACCGGGGUGGAGGGAGCAUUCGCUACUGAGGAGCAUCCAUACGCAGCUCACGGCCCUUGGCUUCAGAUAUUGUUGACUGAAGAGUUUGUGGAUCAGAUGCUUGGGGAUUUGCACGAUCUUAAUACUCGUGAGGAUACAAAACUACCAAAAGAAUACAGUUGGCCCGAGAAAAACCUGAAGAUCUCCAUCCUCCCAGACUCCGUGUUUGAUAACCUUCUGCAAUGAGCCAGAGAUGCUUAAUCACUAAAACAACAAUAAUGGCAAAACCUGCUCAUCCACACGCUUGGAAGACACAGUGGCCAAGUGUCCUCACUAGAGAAACACGAUCUCCAAAAGACUGUCAGUCGAUCUGGGCCCCUCAAAAUCUCAGGUCCAAAACAUAAACGCCGCUAACACAGUUUAGCUGUGCAGGCGUGACAUCGCAAGCAAUAACUUGUGUUCUAUUUAUUCCAGUGGCCACAGUAAAGACAAAGAAAAAGUCAUCUACUGAUCCAUUUUAGCGUGUGUGUGUGUGUGGUUUUUUUUUGGGCUGUAUGUGUACAUCUAUCAAAUGCUGGACAUUUUUCCUCUUAUUAUGCCAAAGGUGAAGACAGACGGUCACUCAGUCAACUCUUGUCUUUUAUAGCUGUCUAAUGCAGCAGAUACAAGUCCCUAUGCCAAGAUUUUAUAUAGCGAGAGAGGGGGACCUUUUUCUAAUCAUUGCAUUUGUCAUAAAAUUCUCCAUGGACCGUAUUAAAUAUAUGAAAAAGAAACAUUUCCGGAGUUUGCUAGGUCCAACCUGUAUACAGCUGUAGGUUCUUCACCCUGUUUACGUUGAGUCAGUUAUGUUUGGAAGGUUUCCAAUUGAUUGUGCUACGUAAUAUUGUGCCUGUUUUACUGUUUUAAGAUGGCAAUCUCUUCAGUGUUAUCUCCAGCGGCCAGCCCAGAUGAAAAGGUUUUGAUUUUCAGCUUGUCGUUUGGACCAUCAGUUUGACAAUGGGUGUGAGCAAAACUCAGUGCCUCGAAUUGAAAAGGACCACACACAAAGCUACGUUGACUCAGUCAACAGACUGGAUUUGAAUCUCUAACACCAAAACUGAAAAGACAAAUUUUAAUACAUUGCCUUUUCUGACCGCGUGUGCUGUUACAACAUACUGUAUGUUAUGACGUCUGUUUUUUUUUGUCAGUCUUUUUUUAAUCGAGCUAUAAAUGUAGAUAACUUGGUUUUGUUAUUUGCCAUUUUAUUUGACUGAAUUUGCCGAUUAUAAUCCCAAGUGCAUUAAACACUAGCUAUAUACACCAAUAAAGCUGGAACACUGAUAAAUGA